AUGGACAAGAAUUGGAUUGAUUUGCCAAAUCGGAUGUCAAUUGAAUACGUGAAUGGGAUUGAUAAUUUCUUGAGAUUUGCAUACAACAAUAGAGAUGAAAGUUUAUCGAUUAGUUGUCCAUGUCGAUUUUGUAGUAAUCGAUACAAUUUUUCACGAGAGGUUGUAAGGGAGCAUCUUAUUUCCAAUGGGUUCGUAAAAAAGUACAAAAAUUGGAUUCAUCAUGGGGAAUCCUAUGUCCAAUUACAUGGUAACCAAGAAAACCAAACAUUAAUGGCGGAUUCAGUGACUAGAGAUGAUGUGGUUGGGAUGGUACAAGAGGCCCUGGGAAUUCCACAUAUGGGUGUUGAGAAUGAUGAACCAACUGCAAGUGAUCCAGACCAAGCAGGGGCAAGUGAUCCAGCCCAAGCAGGGGCAAGUGAUCCAAGCCAUGUAGAAGAAGAUGAUCCGGUUCAGAUAGGGGCAAAUAACGAAACUUUGAAAUAUUUUAAACUUUUGGAAGAUGCACAAACUGAUCUGUACACGGGGUGUCACAAAUUUACUUCAUUAUCAUUCAUUGUUCGAAUUUUGCAUAUGAAGGUGCUCAAUCAAUGGACUGACAAGUCCGUUGACAUGUCACUUGAACUUUUGAAUGAGGCUUUUCCUACGGGCACAAAACUUCCAAGCUCAUAUUAUCAAGUUCAAAAGGUUACUACAGAUUUGGGUUUCCUACGGGCAAGUCCCUCGCUACCUUGCACUAUUGAUGGAGCAUCUUCUCCAUAUGUUUCGAGCAUGAAGCGAAAGAGGAAGACCUUUAAGGUCCCUUGCACUAUAGAUGAGGCUGUACGUAUGCGGGCAAGUCCUUCGCUACCUCGCACUAUGGAUGGAGCAUCUUCUUCAUCUGUUUUUUCUCCAUAUACAGUAUCAACUACCUUAACACGACGAGGUCGAGGAUUUGCCCGAGGGAUAAAGGAAUGGGGUACAAGCACUAAGAUCCAAGUAAAAUUUGAUGAUAAGUUUCAGCCAGUGGAGGAUGAUGGCAAAAAGUUGAAAGGACAAUUAGGGUUGAUCGUGCACAGCGGGCAUAGAGUCCCACUUACAUAUCUCAGUUGGAAUGUGAUGCAUGUUGAUAUAAAGGAGAAUAUUUGGCAAGAGGUGAAGGACAACUUGGUAUACUGUCCAGAUGAAUUCAAGGAGGUUUGCAUGCGACUUUGUAGGACAUCGUGGAAAGAUCAUAAAAGCAAGACAAAGUCCAAGUAUUGGGUUCCAUUCAAGAAUGAUCCGGACAUUGCUUCUAGAGUACCUAGUAACAUAGUGCCAACCCAGUGGAGGAAACUUGUACAAUAUUGGGCGAGUAAAGAAGUGCAGGCGAUUGCUAAGAAGAAUUCUUCUAAUUGGGGAUUUCGUGGGCCUCCACAUACGACCGGAAGGACAUCUUUCUCAGAUAUUCGUUUCAAUAUGACACAUAAAGGAGAGCGAAUAGAUAAGAUGAGUCUCUGGAAGAGGGCACACAACCUGAAUGAUCCUGAUGUGGUAGCAAUUGUGGAGGAAUAUAAUGCGCAUCUUUGGAAAGUUCCUAAGGAGCAACAUACGAUUGAGUAUUGCGAUGAGAUUUACCAUAAAAUCCUUGGGAAGGAUGGACAUGGGUAUUGCAAGACCUAUGGGAGAGGAGUGCCCUGGAAUGCAGUGUAUGCGCGAGGAAGCGGCCCAUCCCAAUCAUUAGCAGCCCCUUCAUUUAUUGAUAAGAUCGCACAGUGUGUGACACAAGACGUUGAGUCUAGGUUCACUACGAUGAUCAAGAACCUAACGGCACAUGUUUUGUUCUUAGAGUCACAGGGUAUGGCUGGGAGUAUGAGCUUGAGAGAGGUGUCAGAUGCAUCUAGUGGGCAGCAAGCUUCAAAAGAAAAUGAAUAGGUAUGCCACUCUACUAUAUUUCUGCAUGUAUUUAUGAUAUUUGCUGUGUAUGAAGUUCUUGAAGGAUAUCACUAUAUUUCCCCAUGUAUUAUGUCGUAUUAGGUCUGAAAUUUAUCCCUAGAGCAUAUCAUAUGGACCAAAUCUGGUACUGCAAAUGGGCUUUCUUCAGACUGUAAUCUGAUUCAAUUGCAAAUGGGUUUUCUUCAGGGACAUCAUUUACCUAGAAAGCAAGUAACAUGCAUAUGCAUAAAGGGUAUAUCAUUUGCUGUGGAAUGAGUUCAGACAAUCAUUGUCUUGAUCCAUACAUUUUAAUGAGUAGUUAUAAUUAUCUGAGUACAAGUUGU